GUAAAUAUAUUACAAUUUGGUAGGAAGGGAAUUAAUAUAAAUUGCAAAUCAAUUUGAAACUCGAGAUUCUCGAGAUUCGAAAUCGCACAGCUCGGGAGAGAAGGGGAUAACAAAUCAUGCUUAUGCUUUCUCCAUCUCUCAAAGCUUGCCGAAGUAUCAGCGUAUAACGGAUGUGGUCUUUGCUUCGACGUGAUCGCGAAAUCCUUAUCACUUGCUGGUACAACGUCGUAGCGUACGGACGAGCAGUGAGGCGUUCGUAUAACUAUUCGGGCUUCGGGCACUUUAUCCACAACCGCGCGUAUUACGUACGUGAGUUAGUAAGGUGUAAAAGUAAUUGUGAAUAACCAAUUAAACAAUAAAAGUUGUUUGUCCGGGAGCAGUCACAGCAUGCGGACGUAAGUCUUAUCGCGAUAGAGACAGUGCCCUGCGACAGCGCGUACCACUGAAACUCGAGUGACGCUAUUACGUCUUAAUACGUUAAUUGAAAUUCGAAUUUACUUCCUAAUAAAAUUCAAUAUAGAUCUUUUGCCGGGAGAACGUACGUCGUAGCGAACAUAUCGCGAAGCGGGUUUUUUGACGUCCAGGCACGUAAUCCGUAGACGCGUCAUGCGUAUGAGUCACUACAAGAACACGAAGUGGGGGAUUGUGAUUAAGAAUAAAUGAAGGUCACUUGUGUCGGGAAAAAAACUUAAUACAGAGUUGUGAGAUUUUUUACAAUGUGUAACCAUCAUUACCGACUUACAUUGAAUUAAUUACGCGUGUACGUUGCAAUUAUCGAAUUAGUUACUCAAAAACGUUUGAGUGUGCGUGUGCGAGUGUGGUCGCACACUCAACUGGACGAGCAAGUGAGAAAUAACUCAUAAUAACUUUUUUAAGACAGCGUACAAGUCGUUCGAACUUCUCUUUCUUUCGCACAGCACUGGUAUUCCGGGUGUCGUUGAUACCUGAAAAUGAAUUGAUAACAGUUCUCUAUUGUGUGGAAUAACUAUCUACUGUGAGGAACACUUACCUGUCACUGACAACAAUUCGAUAUUCGUACGGGAUUAAACGAAUCUUGGUGGAGCGAGCAGUCGAUCCGGAACGUAUUCCUGUAACAAAGGAAGAAAAGAUUAUCAAUCAGAGGGAUCUUUUUUGGCAAUGAAAUCAAGAGCAAAAAAAACGAUUAUUUAUUAUUUAUAAUUAAUAUUCAUUAUUUACAGCGUUUGUUCGGUCAUAAUUUUAGCUUAAAAAAACACGAACUUAAAUAAUUUAACUAAAAUUUGUGUUUUGAAAAAAUAAAUAAAUUUUAUAUCUCCGAUUUAUAUUCCUCAGCACAUUGCAGGUCAAUAGAACAUUACUGGCAAACCUAUAAUACUCUUAUGUCUAUGUGUGUGGUUCACCCUUCUCUAUAUCACUUCCAGUAUCACCUAAAAAUGUUGUUAGCAUGUUUUUAGCUUAUUCAGACAUAUUCGAAGAUGUUCCUUUGUUCUUGCUAUAUUAAAAAAAUUUUUUAUCUUAUUGCUGGAAUAACUGUAUCUUAUUGUUACAGAGGUUUAUAGAGAAGGGAACGCACAUAAAAAAAUAAACUGACUUUUGCCUGCCAAAAAUUUUGUUACUUUUAAAUCUAAAGAGAAAUUUAUACCAGAAUACAAAAAAUAUGAAGAAACAAACAAGAGAACUUUAUUUCCAAGUGUUAACUAAACUUGAAAAGACAAUAUCAGUGAAUAAUAUUGAUAGCUUAAAAAAAUUAAGUAAUUUAAUUGACAACAUAAGUAAUGCAGAAGAUCAAAUAACUUUAAGAGAUUAUUAUGAUAAUGCUAAUAACCCUGUUAGAAGCACUAAUUUAGUUAUCUUAGCUUGUAAACAUAAUAAAGUAAAAAUUUUAGAGUAUCUAUUUGAUAGUGAUAGUAGAAUUCUAAAUAAUCUGUCUGUUGUUAUUGGAAGAAAUACUAUAUUGCCAGAUGAUGAAGAUGAAACGUGCCAUAAUGCAUUUUAUUAUGCUAUACGUUCAUGCAAUGUUGAGCUUCUUGAUACACUCAUUAGUAAAUGGCCAGAUAAUUAUUUUGCCGUUUAUUUAGGAAAACUGGAUGAAAUCCUUUCAAGAGCUUAUGAAGAAUUGAAGUUAAAAAACGUACCAUUAUCAGACGAAAUGGAAAUUUUUGUUGAAGAUAAGUUAGUAAACCUUCGUUUCUUCUCUAAUAUUUCACGAAAAAAUCAAAAUAUGAAUAAUUGUCUUAAUAAUAAUAUCAGAGGACGGAUUGAAUUAACACUUCAAAACAUUAACUUGUUAAAGACAAAUUACUCAAACACGGAACAAGUAGAUAAAAGGACUUUAUUUGUAGCAAAAUCUAUCGCACAAAAUAUUCAUAUAUUAAAACGGCAGUUGAAAUCAACCUAUGAUAGAUUACCUUGGGAAGAAAUGGAGUUUUGUUUAGUCAGUUUUGUUUCCUCUCACACAAAACAAGAAGAAAUUAAUCUAUUCUAUAAUGCUACACUGAAUAAAAGCAAAAUACUAAAUCACUUGGAAAAUUUUGCAAACAUACUUGAAGACGAAAAAUAUAUUUUAAAAAGUGUAAAUAAACUCGGUGAUUUUCCAAAGUUAAAGCGCGAGAUAGUUGUUGCCGAGAUUAUUAGCAAUUAUCCUCAAUUUGAAGAGUUGUAUGACGAUUAUCAACAAAUUAGGGAUAUUCAUUCUUUAAUGAAAAUAAGUGAUUAUAUAAAGUUGGCGUUAUCGGCUGAUCCUAAGGAAAGAGAAGGACAGUUAAUUAUUACAAGGGUUUUACAGGUUAUCGGUGAGCAUUUAAAAAACACAUUAGAAUCACCCAAGUUAUCUAAUACUACAAGUGAGCUUUUGCUAUUAUCGUUACCAAAAAACACAAGAGAAAUAAUUAUAGAUUUACGUAAUUCAUUAUCACAUGCUUAUUCACUCUCUAAGAGAACAGAAAUUGAGGAAAAUACAGAUGUUAGUUUUUUUAUUGGCGUUCAAAAGGAUACUAAAAGAAUCGAUAAUGUAAUUACUGAUAUUCUUUACAAUAACAAAAUUAAAACGAUCAGAAUACUGCUAAAAAGAAUUGCUGAUAGUGAAAGCGUAGAUGUGAUAAAAGAAAUUGCUGAAAUAUUUAGUAAUGUUAAAUUGGAUAAAAUAAUACCGGAAAAUUUUAAAAUGCUGGAACACGAGAAGCUUGAAAAACUCAUUAAUGAAUUAAGCGAUAAUAUAACUGACAAGACCAGUUACGAUAAAGAGCUAUUUAAAAAAAUUAAUAACAUAAUCAAUUGUACGGAAACUCAAUCAGAAAAUAUCAGAACUGAUUAUAUUAAAGGAUUUGCAUCAUUGCAGAGUUUAAUUAGGCUUAUUAAUAACAUUAAGAUUGACUACAACUUUAUUAGAGAAAUGAAAUUUAUUGCUAAUAGAACAUUAAAGAAUAUGACUUUAAAAAUAGAGCCUUAUAGCCUUAAGAAAAUUGCUGAAUAUGUCAUAAAAAUUAUUGGAUCAAGAAUACAACAUGACAAUCUUGGUAAAUUAGACGCAAUAAUUUGGGAAAUUCUUUUUUAUAUUCCUGAAUUUGGAACAAGUAACAUCAAAUGGAUUAGGAAAUUAAAAGAAAAAUUGAAUGUAACAAAAAAACAAAAGAAGACUCAUAAUAUAACACAAGAAGAAUAUAAUGACCAGCUUACCUUGAAGCUGUUUGAAUUGAAAAGUAUUUUAAGCAAUAACGCAUUAAAUUGCCAAUUAAUUGAAAAAUUACCUUUCUAUAAUAUGAGUGAUAAAAAAUUACAAGCAGUAGUAGAAAUGCUUGUUCUGGAUAUAAUGUCAAUUUUAGAUAGCUCAAAACAUAACUUGGCAAAUAAUCUACUUUUUUUAGACGAUAACGCUCCUUUAUUAAUUGGAAAAUGUUUACGGAAUCAUUUAGCACAUGAUAAUGUCUUAGUUAGUGUACUGUUGUCUAAUCCUUCAAUAGCAGUUAUUUUGAACGCUAAAAAACUUACUGAAGAAAAUAUAAUAGAAAGCAAGAAGAAAAUUGGCAAGUUAGUAAGUGACAAUUCUUUCAAGGUGAGAGAGAAAUACGAUCAAGACUUAAAUACCAUUAUUAAUCAGGAAAGAAUGUUUGCUGCUUUGGAGGAAGGAAAUCUAGAAAGCUUAAAGGAUUGUUUAAAAAAAGGAGCAGAUAUUAAUGCUAGAGAUGUUAAUUCAUGGACCACGUUACAUUUUGCUGUUAAGGGAUCUAGUCUUGAAGUUGUAAAAUUUAUUCUUGAUCAAAAUUUAAGCGUUAAUGUGAAAGAUAUUAAUGGUCGAAGUCCAUUGCAUGUUGCUGCUGCGCAUGGAAAGAAAAACAUUGUAGAAUUACUUAUAAAAGAAGCAGGUUUAUAUGUUGAUGAGCUAGAUAAGAGUGGCAGAACACCACUACAUGUUGCUGCUCAAAAUGGUCACAAGGAUACUGUUAAAGUUUUAUUGAAAAAUGAAGCAAAUACUAUUGCCCAAGAUAAAAAUAGUUUUUUACCUUUACACUAUGCAAUAUAUAAUAAUCAUAUCGAUGUAGUCAAGAUGUUAUUGAAAAACGAUAUAAAUGUUGAUGUUAAUGAAAUUGUAGGUGGCUUUACCCUGUUGCACGCAGCUGCAGAGAAAGGUCAUCUAGAGUUAGUUAAUUUUUUCCUUCAAAAUAAGGCAGAUGUUAAUGCUAGAAAUGAUGAAGAUUGGACACCGUUACAUGCAGCAGCAACCAAACAUUUGGAAGUAGUAAGUGCUUUAAUCUUAAACGGAGCUGAUGUUAACGCUAGAGUCAUAAAUGGUUUUACACCAUUACACUGUGCAGUAGAAAACGGUCAUGAGAAGAUAGCUAUCAUUCUAUUGAAACAUGGAGCUAAUGUUAAUGCUGUUGACAAAGCCGGUAAUAAUACACCUUUGCACUAUGCAGCAAAAGAUGGGCACGAGGGAAUUGUUAAGACUCUACUGAAAAAUAAAGCUAAUGCUAAUAUUGCCACUCUUACAGGUAGGACUCCAUUGCAUCUUGCUGCCCAGAAUGGUCAUCUAGGAAUAGUUGUUGUUCUACUUGAACAUAGUGUUGACAUUCGUGCUAGAGAUCGAUAUAACGCUACGCCAUUGUACUAUGCAGCAGAAAGUGGUCAUAAAAAAAUUGCUGAAUUUUUAAUAAGAAAUGGAGCAGAAAUUAAUGCCAAAGCUGAUAAUAAUUUAACACCGUUACAUGCAGCUGCUCUGAAUGGUCACGAAGAUAUUAUUGAUCUUCUAAUAAAAAAUAAAGCUGAGAUAGAAGCUAUAACUUAUGACGGUAGUACACCAUUACAUUGUGCUGCUCUAAAUGGUCAUGGAAAUGCUAUUGUUUCUUUAAUAAAAAAUAAAGCUGAAGUCAAUACUAGAAAUAAUAAUGGUAUGACACCGUUACAUGCAGCUGUUGUAGAAGGCCACAAAGAUGUUGUUAACCUUCUAAUAAAAAAUAAAGCCCAAGUCGAUGCAAGAGAUUUUGUAGACAUCACACCAUUAUAUGCAGCCGUGGAAGUAGGUAAUAAAGAAAUCGUUGAGAUUUUGAUAGCAAAUGGAGCUGAUGUUAAUGUUAAGAGCAAAGAUGUGACACCAUUGGUUUCUGCCAUAAGUCAUAAUCACAAGGAAAUCGUUGAAGUACUUAUAGCGAAUGGAGUUAAUGUUAAUGUAGAGGGCAUUAGACUUUUGUCACUAGCAGUUCUUGCGGGAUGCAGUGAUAUUGUAGAAAUUUUGCUAGAAAAUAAAGUUUAUGUUAAUAUGAAAGAUCCUGAAAUUGCUCAUCUAUUACAUUUGGCUGCUGGUAGAGGUCAUACGGAUGUAGUGAAUGCUCUGAUAGCAAGAGGAGUUGAUGCUGAUGCCAUAAUUUCUAAUAAUCUAACACCGUUAUGUUGUGCAGCACAGGAGGGUUAUGAGGAAGUUGUUGAAAUCUUAAUAGCAAGUGGAGCUAACGUUAAUAUUAAAUCUUACGAAGGUACACCAUUACAUCUGGCAGCAGCAUUGGGUCAUGAUAAUGUUGUGAAAGUUUUACUAGAUAAUAAAGCAAAUAUUAAUAUUAAUGAUAACAAGAAUAGAAAACCUGUGGAAUUAGCAGUAGCACGUGGUCACUUAAAAGUAGUUAAAAUGUUACUGCAGUAUGAAAAAAUAGAUAUGAAUGCAAAAGGUAAUGAUGAUUGGACGAUAUUGCAUAUUGCUUCACAACAAAAUAAUUUAGGGAUGAUAAAAUGUCUAGUAGAUAAGGGAUCUGAUGUUAAUGCUAAAAAUGCCUCUGGCUCAAAACCUAUACAUAUUGCAGCAAGAGAAGGUUACAAAGAUACUGUGGAAUUUUUUCUUAGUAAGGGGUUAAUUAUUAAUGAUCGUGGUGCAUGUAAUCAGACAUUACUACAUUAUGCUGCAAUAAAAGGUCAUUUAGAAGUUGCAAGGUAUUUGAUAACAAAAGGCGGUGAUGUUAAUGCUAAAGAUGUUAAUGGCUUAACUCCUAUGCAUUUUGCAGCUCAAUUCGGUUAUAAAGAUUUUAUUGAAGUUUUAUUGAAAAAUGGCGCAGUGUAUAACGCUAAGGACAAUUUUUCUAGAAGACCGUUAGAAAUGUCUGAUGACGAAAACGUUAUUAAUGUAUUAACACUAACUGAGAAUUUGUUUUCGGCUGUAAAACAUAAUGAUUCUUCAGAAAUUGAGAAUUACAUUAAAGCAGGUGCGGUCGUUAACGCCAAAAAUGCUAAGGGAACAUCAUUACAUUAUGCUGCGUGGAAAGGCUAUGACAGAAUUGUCAAUAUUCUAUUACAAAAUAAAGCUGAUCCUAAUGCAGUUGGUAACAAGGGAUUUACUCCUCUACAUUAUGCUGCUAAGUUUUCUCAUUUAAAAGUUGUAAAGCUCUUAUUGUCUAAUGGUGCAGUAUAUAAUGCUGUUUCAGAUGAUGGUAAAACGCCAUCAGAUUUUAUUGUAGAUAAAAGUAUAACUAGCUUAUUUAAAUUACUGAGUGACUCAUUUAAAAAUAUUAAAAACGAUAAUUCUCAAGUUGUUAAUGAUCUUAACAAAAUAGAGGAUGUUGAUACAGUAAAAGCAAUAAUGAAUGCUUAUGAUAGAGAAAAGAAAACGUUAAUAAUUGCUGCAAUGCAUAGUAACUUUUCAAAAAUCGAACAGUUGAAAGAGGUAUCACAAGGUGAUGUAUCCGCUCGUUUUAAUUUAGGUUUAGUGCUUUUUAAUCAAGGCGAUUAUCAAAAGGCUUUAAGUUUCUUCAAAAGCGCAUUUGAAAAAAGAAAAGAAAUACUAGGGUCAGAUAAUCCUGGCACUUUAGAUAUUCAGACGUACAUAGCUAAAGUAUUAUAUGCACAAGGAGCCUACCAAGAAGCUUUAAAUACAUUUGAAGACAUUUUUCACAAACAGAGAGAAAUGCUGGGUUUGAAUGAUAAGAAUACUUUACGUACAAGAAAUACAAUUGCUUUAGUGCUGCAUAGACAGGGAAAGGAUGAAGAAGCUUUUAAUAUUUAUAAAGAAGUUUGUAAGAAGCAGGAGGAAAUACUAGGGCCAAAUGAUUUAGACACUUUAAAUUCUUACUUUCACAUGGCACUAGUAUUAGAUAGACAAGGAAAAUACGAAGAAGCGUUAAAUAUCAAUAGAACAGUUUUUGAAAAGAGAAAAGAAAUACUAGGUGCAAAUAACACAGCAGUUGUGUAUGCUCAAAAUAAUAUAGCGAUGGUACUGUCUAACCAGGGUAAGUAUGAAGAGGCACUGAAAAUUUAUAAAGAAGUUUUCGAGAGGAAGAAAGCGGUUUUGGGUAUUAAUCAUUUAACUACUUUGAGAACGUUGCAUAGCAUUGCUGGAAUACAUAUUUGUCGAAAAAAAUAUCAUGAAGCUUUAAAAUCUUAUCAAGAGGUUUUAAAUAUCCAGAAAAGUGCUUUGGGAGCAAAUCACCCCGAAACCUUGAAUACUCAACACAGCAUUGCAAAUGUAUUUUUUGAUCAACAUAAAUGGAUUGGUGCACUUAGAGCCUACAGAGAAUGUUUUUAUCAAAUCAAAACUGUUUUUGGAUCGAGUCAUCCCAUUUUUUUGGAUAUUUUAAACAAGAUAGAUGUUAUUAAUUCUAUGUUUAAGUUUAAAGGCAACGAACCGUCAGAAAUUCUACAGUAUUUGCAGAAAGACAUUAACAUUGCUGCUAGUAAUGGUGACAUACAAGCUGUUCAGCGCCUGUUAAAAGAUGGAGCAGAUGCCAAUGAUAAAGACAUUGAUGGAAGAACACCGUUACAUUACGCUGUUAGCGGUAGACAGGAAAGUGUUGUGAACAUCUUACUAGAAAACGGAGCUGAUGUUACUCAAGUUACUAAUAAAGGUAAUACAUUGUUACACACUGCUACUUCUAAAGGUUACGAAGAAAUUGUUGAAGUUUUAUUACAACAUGUAAGUCAUGAUAAAUUAAACGAUUUUAUUAAUGCUAAAACCGCUGCUAGUGGUGCUACAUCGCUUCACGUCGCAGCCAAGAAUGGUUUUUUGAAUAUUACGAAGUCCUUAUUGGAGCGAGGUGCAAUUUAUAACAUUAAGAAUAAUGAAGGCAAAACACCUCUUGAUCUUUCUAAAGAUCAAAGUGUUAAUGACUUACUGAAGCUAGUUGAAGAAAUGUUUAGAGAUGCAAAAAAUGGUAACCUUGAAAUGAUCAGCAAAUUGAAAGCAAUAAAAUCUGAUGAGUUCGUAGUUGUAACAAAUGCUCGUAAUAAUGAAGGAAAUACAUUAUUACAAGUUGCUAUAUUUAAUAGACACAAGAAUGUUGCGAGUAAAUUAUUAGAAAUGCUAAUUGUUAAAAAAGCUAGAUAAAAAUUGAUAAUUGUCAAUAUUAUGUAGAGAGAGGUGUAAAAGUUUAAAACUGUAAUGCUGUUGAAAUAUUACGUAACUUAAGUUAAUGAUUUUUACGAAAUUGAGCUUCAGUGGUUUGCUAUGAAGCGUAGAGUUAGCAAAAUAUUUCUGUUUUUUCGUCAUGCUAUAGAUUCUACUUUAAUUUCUUUAUUUAAUUGUUUUGACUGUUAUAUGAGAAAGGUCAGAAAGGCUAUGUAUUACCAUACUGCCUACACCUUAAUAACACUCUAAUUUAUGCAAGAGUCUUUUUUUAUAUAAGAACUAAUAAAGGUGCUACGAAACACGUCCAAAAAAUUUAAAAUUUUAAGGUAUAAUGACAUGUUUCGUGAUUGGAAUAGUUGAAAUUAGACGAAAUUAAUGGAAAUCUAAUUCUAUUUUUUUCUAAAUCUAUUAAUUCUUUAUUUGUUAUGUGAUUAACUUCUGUCUUAUACUACUUUUCACAAGUUACAUUUUCUUACUUUUUAUAUUUGAAUUUUUAAAAAUAUAGACUUAAAAAUAUACUUUUGUGGCGUUCUGCUUUCCUCUCUUUAAAAGUAUUAGUCUUUUUCUUACCAUAUUUAGUUUUCAGUGCAUUUAGCCGUUUAAAGUACUUUUUUACUUUUGCGUUUUUUAAAUUGCGCAUUAUAAUCAAAAUUUGGCUGUCCUGUUUUGUUUGAAAGUACAAGCAGACUUUUCUUAUUUUGAGAUGUAAUAAAAGAUAAUGCCUAUCUUUCAGCUUCAGCGUGUGCAGUCUUUGUCUAUGCGAUGGAUAUAGUCAGCUUGCGAUUGUGGUGUUAUAAUUGAUAUAGGAUGUAGGGAAUAUAUUAGGAUCACGAGAGGCAACAUCAGAUACAAACAUGAUUUGAUUGCGGCUACGAUGAAAAGAAUUGAUGAUUCUCUCGCGUUUGUGCAGUUUUAAAUCACCAUCUGAUGUUAAAACGCUGUAGAGGAAGUGCAGGUAUUAUGGGAUACCCUAAGUCGUGCUUAAGAUAACUUGGAAACUAUUAAAGAUAUCCGAACUCAGUUUUUAUUAGGUUGUCAUGUUAAAUGUUUGUAAUAAUUAUCAUAAUAAUACCUUAAGGUAUCCUAUCAAAUUUCGUUUAUUUAUAGUAAGUUUAAUAUUAUAUCAGUUUUUUCGAGGGUAGAUUUUGGAGUAAUGUGGAACAUAUCGUGUAAUGCGGAUCAGCUUGUUCAUCUUGCAAAAAAAUAAUUUGUUUCGUAUUUUGAUGCAUAUUUGUUUCGUAUUUUGAUGCAUAUUAAUGAUCAAGUAGUCUAUAAGGUAAAAAUACCCAGACAUGUACUUAUAUCUAGACUUUAUUAUUUAAAAGUAUAACGCGAAUUAAAAUCAGAGAUAAAAAUAUUUUCUUUUGUUGUUUGAAACUUUGGUUAUAAAAUAUCCAAACAGUUAUUUCCAUAAAUUUAUAUUUUUUUAAAGUCUUGUCCAGACAUGGUAGGUGUCCAGGUAUUGGUACAUUUAUUUACACUUAAGUGUCCGGCAAUUAUUGGUACUUUUAUCUUAAUAUAUAUAUAAUUAUAUAUAUUAUAUUAUAAUUUAUUAUAAACUCUAAUUUUUGUACUUUUUGUAACAAUGUCAUGCAAAUGUAAGUAACAUGUUUAAAACUUUUACUCAUAAUAAAAUAUACAGGGUGUCAUUUAAUUUGCGCUUACUAUUUACAUAGUGAUUUUUCUUAUCAAAAAUUAAGUCAAAAAGUUUUGAGUCAUUUUUUUCUACAAUGCUUAAUAAAGCAAUAAUUAUUGUGUAAAGCCAAUCAAGUAGUUAUCGUUAGGAUGGAAAGAAGGAUGGGAAGUCGCAAUUUUUUAUCGACUUCCGACAUAUCAAUGAAGUGACGCAUAUCCCUUGUUACGGAUCUUUGCUAUACACUUGAUAAGUUGCGGGGAGCUUCGUAUCUUUCAAUGCUGGACCUAAAAAUCGGAUAUUGGUCGUUCGGACUGCACUUUGUCCCCGUAACGUUCCAAUUAUUGGACACCAGCGCUAGAACUCAACGUGUUUGCCUGCCUAGACGAUAUCAUCGUUUAUAGCCGGACCUUCAACAAACACCUCUGCGUGGUACAAAAAGUAUUCCACUGUCUCCGAAAAGCGCGCUUUCGACUCAGUUCCGAUAAGUGCCACUUUUGCAUCAUUUGCAUUAACUAUUAUUUACUGCGAAAACAUUCGGAUCGACCUGAGAAGACUAGUGCCAUCACCAACUGGCCCGUUCCAUAGGACUUAUGGCAAAUACGACAGUUCCUGGGAGUGGCCAAGGAAGCCAUCGAACAGAUGUGUCCCGACUUCACGCGGCAGUUCAUUCUACAGACAGAUGCCCAACAGGAUUUGUGGUCGUGCAGCUAACGCAAUACAUCUCGGAAGGAGAGCGGAUGAUCGCGUACGCAACCCGCACGCUCAAUAAGGCUGAACGUAUAAUUAUGUGGACUGGAGCAUCUGGUUGUCUAGGACAUAAAGCGGAUGCGUGACUACCUAGAAGAAUACCAUCUCAUUAUUAUCAUCCGAUAAAAUCAGUCCUUACGCUCCAAAUGUUGGAGUCCGUGACUGAAUGGUUGGGGCGUUGGUCCUUCAAACUCCAACAAUACGAUUUCGAAUUGAAAUACCGGAAGGGCACUCUCAACAAGAUGACCUGUCACGUUAACCUGGGAUCCACGCUAAACUCUAAAGUGGUCACGAUUCCAAGAUGUAACGCUCCGGAAGUACCGGACAUCAGGAUAAAUGGCGACUGACUGUUCAAGCAUGUGCACAACUUCGACUUUGAAGAAACGCCGGCGGAGGGACAGUGGAAGGAGUGCAUCCCCAAGGAACAACGGACCAUGAUCUCGAACCGCUACCAUGUACUUACAGCUAUAAUAGACAUUUGGAUAUCUGGGAAUAGCCAAAACGAUUGCGCGAAUUGCAGAACAAUUUUACUUGCCUGGCACAAUACGUGCCAGAACUGUCUCGUGCACGCAAGACCGUUCAGGAGAAACCGCAAGAGAAAUUAAGACUUUUUAGUUUGUUUUGACGAAUACUAAAUGCUCUUAAAAUUUGGUACUUUUUUGAACACCCUGUAUAUUAAUUAUUCUUAAAUUUUUAUAGUUAUUAUUUUCAUUAUUUCAUAAUAAUUAUUUUAAUAUUAUAGAUUUACUAAAUAAUAUAAUACAUACAGAAGCAUCAACAGAUAAAAAUACAAAUAUUAUGAUUUCCUUGGAAGACUAAUUACUAGAU